UCAGCUCAGCUCAGACCAUCCCCUGAGCUCCUCUCGUACCAUGAGCUGACUCUGUCCGGGACAGUCCAGGGAAGAUGGCGGCCACUGACCAUUCCCGGUCCGAAGCUGCAAAACAGCGGAGGCAGGAUCAGUUGCAGCGAUGGCUGGGCUCGGAGACGGAUCAGACGGGAUCCCAGAGCAGGGACUCCACAGGCGGCUCCGGGUCUCGACGGCCGCGGGUCCGCUUUGCUCAAGGAGCCGUGUUCAUGGCCGCUUGCUCCGCUGGGGACCGGGAGGAGGUGGCAGCUCUCCUCCGGCAGGGAGCUGACAUCAACCACGCCAACAUUGACGGUCUGACAGCGCUACACCAGGCAUGCAUUGAUGAAAAUGCAGAGAUGGUUCAGUUUCUGGUGGAAAGUGGAAGCGACGUCAACAGAGGGGACAACGAGGGCUGGACUCCACUUCAUGCAGCAGCAUCCUGCGGCUUCAUCCAGAUCACAAAGUAUUUGAUAGAGCACGGGGCCCAUGUGGGAGCAAUAAACAGUGAAGGAGAGCUUCCUCUGGAUGUGGCCACUGAAGACGCCAUGGAGAGGCUGCUCAAAGCAGAAAUCAAAAAACAAGGAGUGGAUGUGGACAAGGCCAGGAAGGAGGAGGAGAGGAUCAUGCUCCAAGACGCCACAGCGGUUCUGGCGGGAAGCGGCGCUCUCACUCCCCACCCUAACACUAAGGCGACGGCUCUUCAUGUGGCGGCGGCAAAGGGUUACAUAGAAGUCUUAAAGGUGCUGCUACAGUGUGGGGUGGACAUAGACAGCAGAGAUGUUGAUGGGUGGACGCCGCUACAUGCAGCAGCUCACUGGGGGCAAGAGGAGGUCUGCUCAUUGCUCGCUGACCACAUGUGCGAUAUGACUGCCGUCAAUAACGUGGGCCAAACGCCUUUAGAUGUGGCAGAUGAGAACCUAGUCGACGCUCUGGAGGAGCUGCAGAAGAAACAGAACGCUUUACGCAGCGAGAAAGAGAAGCAGACUCCUGUUAUUGAGACCAACUCACAGAUCUCCAUGGUGCCAGUUCGGACACGCAGGACUUCUAUCUCUCGUAUGAGCAGCAAGGAGAAAAUCUACAUCCAUGAGCGUGAGAAGCACUCGCCGCCCGCCUUGCCCAGCAGCCCACCUGAAGACGAGGAGGAGGAAGGCCAGACUGCUCAGAGUCAGUCCCAAAGCCAGACAAAAGCCUCCAGCAGCUCCAGUUCAGAGGAGGAGAGCGAGUCUGAGAGUGAUGCAGAGUCUGAGAAAGCAAAGAACAGAGAGAUUAUCAACAACUUGAACAACAAGCGCAACACCACUAGCCACCUUCCUACCUCCAUGUCGGCAUGCACUGCUGCCAGCCAAGUGAAAAGGGAAACAAGCAAGCCGCCAGUCACGGAGGCCCCAGGAUCCUGGAGAACGUCUUUGAGGAAAGCAGGCAGCUCUGUGACUCUGGGUUCAGCUGGAUUGUCUGAAUCCAGCCAGGACACAAAGGCUCCGCAGUCGGGCCUGGGCAUGAGCCGCUCUGCUUCUAGCCCUCGUCUCAGCUCAGAAAGUGACUCCAAGUUACAGGAGCCAAAACUGGCCCGUGUUCCGCCCAUCACGUCACGCAGACUCUUCAGUAUUCCUGACAGCACCAACGACAACUCCAGCAGUUGGCUAAGCCGUAGUUCCUCUUACACGCGACGCCUUCAUAGUCGGAAUGAUCUCACUAGCACCACCCCCUUAUUGCUUCACAGGAAUAUUUCGGACUCCUCCAGUUAUGGAAAGCGACUGGAUGACUCAACCGUGACCUCAGACACAAGCUCUGCUGGACUUAGCCGUCUUAACAGUGUCCUGUCCCAAAGGCAUCCUCAGGAGCAGGCAGUGAAGAAGGAACAGUCCACUAUACAGAACACGACUGCCGGAGAGCCGGAAGCCAAGCAGAGACGCAAGUCUUACCUGACACCCGUGCGGGACGAAGAGGCCGAAGCACAGAGAAAAGCCCGCUCCAGGCAUGCGCGGCAGUCCCGCCGCUCCACUCAGGGUGUGACGCUUACAGAUCUACAGGAGGCAGAAAAGACUAUGAAGACGGACAACAAAGCAAGAGAAAAGAAGGAAGAAGAGGAGAGGGAGGCCAAAACUAAGAAAGCGGAGGAAGGGGAAGUAAGCUGGAGGUCUCGCAUUGCCAGCUUGCAGAAGUCUGACCUGUUGGGUCUCACUCAGCCUGCUGGAACGCCGAGGACACAUAUUUCUGACCGUAAAGCUGCUGAAGGAGACAGUGAGACAGAGAGAUGGGCCCUGGAGAGAAGAGAGAGGAGACAAGCUCGUGCAAGGCGGAAGGCUCAGCGCACUGGAGAGAAUGACGACAAUGAGCCCAGUGGAGAGGAUGAGGUUGCUGGCGGCAGACUGGAGUCCCAGACAGACCAGCGCAUGAGCUUGAGGACUGACGUAACCAGUGGCACUAGUGAAGUUGGAAGCUCAGAAAAGGAUUUUAAGAAGCUGUUUGAAGAGUUGUCGAGAGAAAACAGCCAGCUCCAGUCUCAGCUCCAAGAUACUCAGAAGAUAGUGAAUCAAACUCGAUUGGACCUGGAAAAGGCAACACAGAGGCAAGAGCGUUUCAGUGAUUGUUCAGCUCUACUGGACCUGGAGAGAAAGGACCGGAGGGUGCUGGAGAUGCGAAUGGCUGAGCUGGAGGAGGAGUUGAAGGUCCUGGUCGACCUGCGAGCGGACAACCAACGUCUUAAAGAUGAAAAUGGAGCACUGAUCCGUGUCAUCAGCAAACUCUCCAAAUAAACAUGGAGGAAAUCAGGGAACCCCUCCCCCUCCUCUAGCCAUUCCUCAAAAGUUCCUCUCUGUGCCAAAGAGCGGCGAGUGGGGGGAGAUUGUGCAGCCUCUCUUGAAAUCAGUCGGUGGCCGCGGUGUGCCUUCCUCGAGUCACAGGACGACCGCUGGUGUGGAGGUUCCCACAACACGAGUGAGCUGCCAAGACUGGCAAAAUAAGGAGAACACAUCAACCACCGCUGUGCAUCAGGGGAACAUGCACACACACACACACACACACACACUCCUCUGCGUGCAUCACAUACUUCCUCCAUGCACAUUCCACGAGCGCUGGGCCCUGCAGCCUUGUUGCUCCCAUAUAUUUAAUUUUGAGGACACAGUCACGACUUCACUCCGCUCACAGCCCUCGCUGGAGUCUGUUGUUGACAAGUUUGAGAAGAUUCAACAACAUCCUGAAGGAGGAAGUUUUUAUUGCUCUGUUGGGUUGUUUUGUUUCCACAAGUGUUUGAGCCCACCUACCUCCAUCUGUGCACUUCCUCGUACGCAUUUUUUCAAUAUACAUUUGUGGCCACAGAAACACUCCUUGAGACUUUACGAACUGGUCACUGCACUUUACUCCCACAAAGCAAUAAAGCCUGCAGACGGACAACAGCACCUUCUCAGCCACCACUUGUCUUAAAACAAGAUGUUGGCCGUGUUGGCGAGUAGCCAACAGAUGGCAGCCUUUUAUGCUAAUUAUCAAUUUGAACAAAAUAUAUAUUUCCAUGGUUUGUUACAGAUUCAGCGUUUGCCGGAGAGCAUGCAUAUGUAUAGUAUUGUAUAAAAAGUGUUUAAAAAUGCAUCCCAUGAAGUAAAUUCCAAGCAGCGCUUAAUCACAAGUUUGUUUCUAAUAUAUGAAAUUGAUGUUUCCACCUUAAAAUAAAAGUCUUUGUACAGCA